AGUGGCCACAACCAAACUCUUGAGUUCCUUGGUGAUACAAUUUUACAGUUUAUCACAUCUGAAUAUCUGUUCAAGCAUUUUCCAGAUCAUCAUGAAGGGCAUCUCACCCUAUUGAGAAGUAGUCUGGUAAACAACAAAACACAAGCAAUUAUUUGUGAUGACUUGGGAAUGACUGAGUACGUCAUCAAUAAUGACCCGAAGAAUGAAAAAAAUAAAGUGAAAGACAAGGCUGAUAUCCUGGAAGCUUUUAUAGGUGCCCUCUAUGUAGAUCAGGGUUUAGAUCCGUGCAUUGUCUUUUGUCAAGUUUGCUUUUAUCCUAGACUAAAAGAAUUUAUUAUGAAUCAAGAAUGGAAUGAUGCCAAGUCACAGCUCCAACAAUGUUGUUUGACCCUUCGUGAUCCGUCGGACGGAGAACCAGACAUUCCUAUUUACAAAGUGUUGCAAUGUACGGGCCCCACAAAUACUCGGAAGUACCAUGUAGCCGUUUAUUUCAGAGGAGAAAGGUUAGCAACAGGUGUAGGUCACAGCAUCCAACAAGGAGAGAUGGAAGCAGCCACAAACGCUCUUAAAGAUAAAUCAGGUUAG